AUGGCUAGAAUAAAGAGAAAGGGGAAGUCCGGUAAUGCCAAAAACUUCAUUACCAGAGCAAGAGCUUUGAAGAAGCUUCAGGUUUCUUUGGCUGAUUUCCGUCGUCUUUGUAUCUUCAAGGGUAUCUACCCAAGAGAACCUAAGAACAAGAAAAAGGCUAACAGAGGCUCUACAGCACCUACCACUUUUUACUAUGGUAAGGAUAUUCAAUAUUUGAUGCAUGAGCCAGUUUUGGCCAAGUUUAGAGAGCACAAGACUUUCUCCAAGAAGUUGCUGAGAGCUUUGGUCAGAAACGAAAUUGGUGAUGCUGAAAAAUUGGAAGAACUGAGACCUAAGUACACCCUCAACCACUUGGUUAAGGAGAGGUAUCCUUCCUUCGUUGAUGCAUUGAGAGAUCUUGAUGAUCCUUUGAACAUGUUGUUUUUGUUCGCCAACAUGCCUUCUACCAAGGGUGUGAGCCACAGAGUGGUGAAGGACGCCCAGACAUUGACAAACCAGUGGCUCGCCUACUGCGCUAAGGAAAGACUUAUCAAGAAGGUUUUCGUGUCUAUCAAGGGUGUUUACUACCAAGCUGUUGUCAAGGGACAGGAAAUUAGAUGGUUGGUUCCAUUUAAGUUCCCUUCCAACAUUCCAUCAGACAUUGAUUUCAGAAUCAUGGUCACCUUCUUGGAGUUCUACUCCACUUUGUUGCACUUUAUCUUAUUCAAGUUGUAUAACGAUGCUGGUUUGGUUUAUCCUCCACCUAUCAACAUGGAACAAAUGAAGGGUAUUGGCGGUUUGUCUUCAUAUGUCUUGCAGUCUAAAGAUCUGAGUGUAAAGUCUUUGCUUCCAUCCAAGCAAGAGACUCAGGUUGAGGCUGAGUCGGAUGAGGAAGCCCCAGGUACCACUUUGUCUACUGAAGAGAUUGAAAAGGCCAAGAAGGCAGACGAAGAGGAUGAGCAGCAGGAAGAAGAGGUAGAGGAUGUUGAAGCCAUUGAGCUAGAUCAAUUUGCAUCCACCAACAAAGACACUGGUGACGUCUUGGCCCAGCCAUCCAAAUUCUCGCAUCCUUCAUCUACUUUGUUCUCCAAGUUCUUGUUUUUCGUUGGCCGUGAAGUCCCAAUGGAUAUCUUGGAACUCUGUAUUUUGUCGGCCGGAGGUAACUUAAUUUCCGAAGUUGCCUUGGACGAAAUGAAGAUCAAUCAGCCUGAAGCUUAUAAGAGCUUGGACAUGAGCAAUAUCACGCAUCAAAUCGUCGACAGACCAAAGAUCACUAGCAAAGUUGCUGGACGUACUUACAUCCAGCCUCAAUGGGUCUUCGACUCCAUCAACAAGGCCGAGCUUUUGCCAGUAAACCAGUAUGGUCCAGGUGAGACUCUUCCACCUCAUUUAUCGCCAUGGGGUGAUUCUGGUGCUUACAACCCAGAAGCCGCUGUUGAGGAAGGUCCUGAGGACGCUGAAUCUGAUGAAGAGAUCGAGAUUGAUGGUGAUGAUCUACCCGAUGAAGAUGAGGAAGACGCUGAGGAGGAUGAAGAUCAAAAAGAAUUGGAAUUGGAGGCUGCUGGCGUCAAGUACUCCGACAGAUCUGACGAGAAGGGUGCAAAGGGUAAGAAGAGAAAGGCUACCCAGACUGCUGAAGAGGAAGAGAAGGAAUUGAAGAAGAUCAUGAUGACUAACAAGCAAAAGAAGUUGUACAACAAGAUGCAACACGGUAUUGACAAGAAGGACAACAGAACUGAACAGUUGACCAAGAAGAGAAAGCAGCUCGAGAAGACGAAAAAACAAUUGGAAAAAUUGAACAAGAAAUAG